GGAGUAAAGCACUUCACAUGUCAAACACAGAUGACCAGCACACGAGGGUCCACUCCUCCGUGUUCCGCAGGAGCGCGCAGGUGUCCGGAUCACCGUUCCGUUGACUGGUGCGCGCGUGACGUCACGAAGGGGGCACCGGCGAGUUUUGCCAAAGAAAAGCUUGUAGAUCCAUAUAGUGGAAGAGGGACAUGCAAAGCAAAUGCAGUGUAAAACGUCAGAUCCGCGUGGUUCCCGGUGACACUAUCGCGGGUAAGAUAAUGUUUUUCUAUAUGAUAAGAGAUCCGGAUCAUUCUUAACGGCAGUGAACUGAUACAAUACAACCUAUGGCUACCGGACUGCACCAGUGGCAAGAUUGAGCAACAAACUCCCAACUACGAAAGCAUCACUUCCCCAUAGGAAAACUCCGCUCGUCGCUCUUUUUCCUAAACAAAGAGAGGAGCCGCUGACAAAGGCAGGCGACGGGAAGAGAUCCGGGAGCAUCGCUGCUGCCUUUGUAGUUUCUCCGUGGAUGGGCCGGAAGAUAAGAUGAUACUGUUGUCUAAAUCUAAUUUAACACUGCAUUCCAUACCUUUUUUAAGACUCUUGGGUCACUUCUGAAUAGACUUGCGAGUAAAAAAGCUCAUUGCUCACGGGAGUGUAUCCGUCAAUUUCAGGAUCAAAUACAGGCGUUACUGUGUUGCCGCAAAAAGGCGAAUGAAUGCAGCGCUGCCUAUUGUGUGUUCAUGUGGACCAACAGUCUUAUUUGUGCUUUCUUGCUUUAAUUUGCGUGCUUAACAAGCGAUAUUUGUCAUUAUUUUAUGUAACCAAAUAACGUACUGGGUUUUGUAUUUAUAUAAGGUAUUAAGACUGUAAUCUACAGUAGCCUACCUGUAAGUCAGUGUAUUUCGAUGCAACGUUCAACAACAAAUAGCAUCAGCUUGCACGGUCAGCGCCAUAGUCAUAUGCAUUAUUUAUAAAGUUUGGCUCACCCAACAGUCUGAUCGAGAGUAGAUUCUCUUGCUUGAUGGAGAUCCAUUUAAAUGGGAAAAAAAACUGGAUGAAGUGGAGACUAAUGCAUAGCCUAUACCUGGGCUGGACAACAAAGCAGUUUGAGAUAAAUAAGGCUGUUUACUUUAAUGCCUAAGGAUCUCUAUAAAUCUAUGUAAAAAAAAUACAUUUUUAGUUAAAGGGAUAGUUCAUCCCAAAAUGAAAAUUCUGUCAUCAUUUACACGCCCUCUUGUCAUUUGUAUGACUUUCUUCUGCAGAACACGUAAGACAAUAUUUUGAAGAAUGUUGGUAACCAGUGGUACCCAUUAACUUGCAUUGGUUUUGUGUCUAUAUACAAUCGAAGUCAAAGGGUAACGCAGUUGUUUGGUUACCAACAUUCUUCAAAAUAGCUUCUUUUGUGUUCAAGCUGAUUUCACAUGACAAGAGGGUGAGUAAAUUACAGAAUUUUCAUUUUUGAGUGAACUAUUCCUUUAAGGCUGUGUUUUUUUUUUUUGCGUUCAGACUGUAUUAAAUCUUAAAUUAAAACACUUGGGUGCUCUUUUGCAUAUUUACAAAAACCUUAAAGUAUUCUAAAAACUGAUUUGAAGGCAGUUUUGCUUGUAUUCAUCAUGUAACAUUUCUGUUAUUAUGCUUGUUCUCAGUAUAUCUAAUUUUCUCCCUCUCUCUAAUUGUUUUCCUCAGCUUCAGGGAAUGUAUGAGAAGCAUGACAGAUAACUACAUGAGGAGCAUGGAGGGUUCAGGACAUCCUGAAGCCAGAGAAGCCUCUCACAGGCAAUGCCCAACCGCCCCUCUUUAAGCAAUGGCCUGGCAGAGCACUUCACCAUUCAGAUAUGGCUUUGACCUGGGAGGACAUUACCAGGAUCUGCGUCCUCUGGGCACUGGAGCAUCAGGUCUCGUCCUCUCUGCUCUGGACAGGCGCAGCGGCUUGCGCGUGGCGGUGAAGAAGCUGGUAAUGCGAGAUGCAAUUAGCGUAAAGCACGCUCUUAGGGAGGUGAAGAUCACCCGGCACCUUCAGCAUGAGAACGUGGUCAGGGUAUACGAUGUUUUGGGGCCGUCCGGGAAUCCCUUGCAAAGCGACCUGUCCCGUGUGCAAGCGAUAUACAUCGUGCAAGAGUGUAUGGAAACCGAUCUGGCACGGUUACUAGAGUUAGGGCCGUUGCCAGCAGAACACGCCACCCUGCUUUUUUAUCAGCUUCUUCGAGGGCUCAAGUUCAUCCACUCGGCCAACGUGCUGCACCGAGACCUGAAGCCAGCGAACAUCUUUAUCAACACUGAACAACUGCUGCUUAAGAUCGGUGACUUCGGCCUGGCUCGCAUUGUCGACCCACAUUACUCACACAAGGGAUACCUCUCAGAGGGAAUGGUAACGAAAUGGUAUCGUUCACCACGACUGCUGCUCUCUCCAAACAACUACACAAAAGCAAUAGAUAUGUGGGCCGCAGGCUGCAUUCUAGCUGAGAUGCUAACAGGACAAAUGCUGUUCGCAGGGGCUCAUGAGCUGGAGCAGAUGCAGCUGAUUUUGGACACUGUGCCUGUGAUCAGGGAGGAGGACAGACAGGAACUGCUCAAAGUCAUGCCUUCUUUGGUCAGUAAAGGAUGGAAGGUCAGGAGGUCACUGCGGGACCUGCUGCCAGAGUUGGAGGUGACAGCCAUUGAUUUCCUGGAACGCAUCCUCACCUUUAAUCCCAUGGACCGGCUAACAGCAGAAGCAGCUCUGUCUCAUCCAUACCUGCAGAAAUACUCCUGUCCUCAAGACGAGCCCAUAUCCCUGCAGCCUUUCCACAUAGAGGACGAGUUAGAGGACAGUACAGUCACAGAACACGGCCAUGCGCUCAGCUCCCACUGGGACAGGUACGAUGGAAGUCUCUCAUCAGAGAUUUGCUGGCAGCGGCAGGAGCAGUGUGGAUGCAUGCAGAGCGACUCCGAGCUCGGUGAGGCGAAUGAAGAAGUUCAAAGAGAUCCACGAGCAAGUUCCGCAGCCGUCCCGGAGGAGGCUCAGGUAGAUCCUCGCAAAUACUCCCACAGCAGCUCGGCAGAGCGCUUCCUGGAACAGUCCCACUCGUCUCUGGACCGUGUCUGCGGUCAAUUCAUGGAGCUGGACUGCGGUCACUCCUGCGACUACAAGGUGGGCUCUCCCUCCUACCUGGAUAAGAUAGCGUGGCGUGAGGGGAAACCACAGCAUUACUCUGAACCUAGAUUAAUACUUGACUUGUCGAACUGGAGACAUAACAGAGGGGGCAGUAUGGAAAAGCUCGUCCCUGAACCAGGAGAUUUAUUUCAGGAGAUCUCACGUUGGGUGGAGAGCACACAGUCAGGCCUCUACUCGCCCGGUUCUCCUCAAGAGCCGCUCGCCUCCCCAUGUUCCCCUCCACAACCCCUCUCCCCUACAAUGCUGCCUCAUUUUCAAAUGCAAAUCCGAACACCUUUACAACUACAGGAGGAGAGCAGGAGGAGCCCUAACCCGUUCUUCUCCUCUCCACCAUCUCUGCUGCCUUCCUCCCCUUCCUCUCCUCAUCUCGGUUCAGCUGAUUAUCUAUCUUCCUCUGUUUGUUGUCAAAAUAACGAAGAGCCCUCACAGAUGCGGCCUUCGAAAGAGGAACAGGAACAUUUUGACCUGGAUGUGUUUAUAUCUCAAGCUCUAAGGCUGUGUGGUCAGACUGAUGUUCUGGCGGAGAACUCAGAAGCUCCUAAAGAGGACAAUAAUAGCUGUGUUCUUGACAUCACAGACCACAGGCCGUCCAGAACACAAACUCCAACUCCUGAGAUGGUCAACCCUCCAGGAUGUCAUGAAGAGCACUGGUAGAACAAUGCAGAGACCUUUGACUUUUUUUGAAUGAUUCUGUAUCUUUAAAUUAGUUUUAAGGUGGUAUAAAUUAUUGAAUGUGACCGUAACAAUUUACAAUAUAGUUGUAUGUUAACAUUAUUUAAUGCAGGGUUUUUUAACUUUUUCAUGCCAAGGACCCCCAAAUAUGAAGAACCUUCUGAGAGGGACCCCCUUUCUAAAAUACCUAUCCAUUUUUUGUAUAAAGAAGCAUUUAAACUGUUAAUAAUAAGGGUGAUAUUAUAAAGACAACAUAUUGUUUGUAGAAAUUAAACUGUCAUAAUCUUUAGUAGAAUUUCACAUUUUUUGCAGUCUUUUCUGGGGACCCCUUAAAACAUUCUGGUAAAUAAAUCUCCCAUGGGGCUCUCCGGACCCCAUUUUGAAAACCGCUGAUUUAAUGCAUUAACUAACAGCAUUAACUAACAAACUAACACGAACAUCUCAUCUACAGCAUUUAUUACUCUUCAUGUUCAUUUCAGCAUUUACUAAUACAUCUUCAAAAUCAAAUGUUAUUACUGUUAACAUUAGUUAAUGCACCAUGAACUAACAUGAAAAACUGUAUUUGGCAUUAACUAACAUUGUUACAUGCUGAAAAACUAUAUUGCUUAUUGUUCGUUCAUGUUAGUUAAUGCAUUUACUAAUGUUAACAAAUACGAUAGAGAACCUGAUCUUUUGUUUUGAGGAUGCUUUCUUUCGAUGGCACUGAGGUUCUGUAUUAUGUAAAUCUUUAUUUCUGAGGUACCAUAUUUCCGUAUGAGGAUCCACGGCACUGUAAAAAAUGUUUUGUUGGUUCAACUAAAAAAAAGUUACCUGGUUGCCUUAAAAUUUUUAGUUCAUUUAACUUAAAAAUACUAGUUAACUCAAUGAAUUUGAUGCAAACUCAUGUUGGCUAAUAUUUUUAAGUUACAUUUUAAGAUAACCAGGUAACUUUUUUUUAAGUUGAACCACCAACAUCUGAAAUUUCUGAUAGAAUUUGGGAAAAACAAUGUAUUUGCUACUAAAAGCCUUUUAUGAAAUUAUUAUUCUUUGUGCAACACCAGAGAGAAAGCUUUGAUUUUUCUGUGGUCAUUUUGAAUGUUUACAUUCAACGUUUUGUAAGACAUAAAUACUAUCUAAAUUCAGAUGUUUGUG